AUGUUGUUAAUACUCGACUCAUGAGCCACACACUUUACCAGUUGGUGGCGUUCAAGCACUAAUUUAUUAUUGUCCCACACUCCAGCCCAGCAGGUGGCGGUAAUGUACCUUAAGUUGGCUUGCAAACCGCCAAUAAGCAUCAUUGAAUAAGGAAGAAGAAACACACCAAUUCAUCGUUUGCCAAUCACAGAAGACGAAUUGUUGAUCAUAUCCGGGUCAAAGUGCGUACUUUACUUCAUGUUAGCUAGUCUAGCCAACAGUUAGCACUCUUCUCUAGUCUUUGUUUUUGAUUUGUUUCUUAAUUCGAAAAAGAAGCCUAUUGUUUUGUGUUUGUCUUUUUCUUAUGCUGAGGUUGUCAGCGACCAUGAUCAGGUCAGUGCUGCUGCACAGGUUAACCUCCCACGUUCUGCUCAGCGCCAGAGGAUCGUGUCUAUUCACAUGUCGGAUACCUUAUGGUGUGCAGGCUUAUUCACCAAGUCAAACACCUAUCCAGCAGCGCUUCCAUGGACCCCUUAUACCUAAAAUCACAGCUCUAGUUAGGUACUGCGACCUGUCCACUCAGAAGUACACCCUGAUUUACACCUUCCGACACAUUAAGCUCCUCCGAGCUGUGUCUAGACUUAAACUGCUCCAGACUGCAAUCACUGUAGUCAUCCUGCCCCCGGUGUACAUCCUCUACUUCCAGGGAGAAGUCUCCUUCUUUCUCGUUAGUUAUACAACAGGGUUAGCGUUAUUUGCUGGUGUCAUGCUGUACGCUGCUAGUCACUUCUUCAGGAGAGUUGUGGGAAUGUUGUACCUGGACCCAUCCCAGACUACACUCAAAGUGUCCCACCUCACCUUCUGGGGCAGACGCCGUGAUAUCUACCUGCCUGUGUCAGAUGUUAUGACCAUCGGGGAUACAGGGGACUCUGUGAAAGAGACAAUAUUGAAACUGAAGCGGUACAGCAGCCCAGAGACAAUGUAUUUCUCAACUCAUUUUGGAUGUGUAGUGGACAGUCAGGGUUUUGAUAAGGUGUUUGGAAAUUUUAAACGAUGAGUAAAACGUAUAUGGACUUGAGAUGAAUGGUAUGAGAGGCACCCUAUCUUUAUGAAAUAUGGUAUCGAGAGUUAAAUCUUAUACUGAGAUCUACACACUAGCUAGUUUUGUUUCUGUUGCGCUGACUGUUACCUGUCUGCUGUGUCCACUGUGAAUGACAGUCUAAUAAAUAUUUUAGUGAGGUGAUUGAAAAGCAAGUGAGUGUAUUUGUAGACCUCUGCAGGGUUAUGGCCUUUAAAGUGUAAGAACAUGUCAAGUAAUCACUGUUGGCAGUAGUAUGUUGAGUAUUCAUAUUAUUUUCAUAUGGUAGCAAGUUACUGUGUAAAGCAGAAAAAAGUCAAAGUCUGCUGAAUGCAAGUGAGAUUGUCCUAAUUUUUUUAUAAGAGUACUUAUUAAUGCCUUCACAAAAAUGCAAACAACAUGUAUUUAAACAUUAUAUUGAAGAUGUAUCAUUUUGGAGUUCAGAUGAACAUCCAUUACUGAGAAAUGUUCUGAUUUGCAGUGGAAGAAGUACUAAGAAAUUGACUUUUGCUGUUGAGACUGAACAAAUUUAAACUAUUUCAAACACAGUUGGGCACAAUGCACAGUACGGUCUGCAGAACUUCCAACCUGUUGAAGAUAUUUGUGUAUAUCGAGCCCUAAAACAAAUAACAUCUGUCAGCACCUUGCCGAUAUCACAUUCAGCAUGUUUUUUGGUUUAAACCAAUUUGUUUAACACAUUUGGACACAAUAAAUUGAAUGGGAAACUGUUCAAAUGUUUGACUGCUGGUGUACUUGGGAUUUGCAUAUAAAAAGGUUGGAAUAUUUUACUGUACUGGCACAAAACAUUUCUUCACUUUGCCUCAGGAAAAUAAGACUCAGGAUAAGAUUUGGGAUUCAAUUACAGACUAAAUUGUCUUGAUAAGAGUAGAUUUUGUACACUGAAAAAUGUAUUGCAUUUUAGAAUGGGAUCAUAUAGUGUAUGAAUAAUCAUAUACUGCAAAUUGGUAACUAUAGCUCCUCUUCAAUAACUGUGCAUGUCCCAUUGACAUUA